AUGGAUGACUGGUGCGAAGUCCUGGUUUCUGCCUCUAGUAUCCCGAAAGCGUUCGAUGCCAAGCAUGCUAGUCCUAGCGGAAUGAACUUUGCGUAUAGUGCCGCUGAGCGGAUCGAGAAGUUUAACGAGGACCCCGAGUCAUAUGAUAAGUAUUGCCAUGAUGUUGAGAGAGGAUUGCGCCAGCGGGCUAAUCUCAUGCAACUCAACUCGAAUGGCCGGAAGAACUCAAGAGAGGUGACUUCAGAGCUGAUGAAGGAGAAGCUGUGCAGCGAUUCUAGGCUCACCACGCAGUCGACGUGGUUAUUUGCACCACUGUUUGAUGCGACCAUCGUGCCUCUUUUCAAGGUGACUGGAAGGGACGGAGUCGACAUGCAUUAUCAGUUUGGUGAUUUCCUGGUUGGAACACUGGUGGAGAACUUCGCAACCCAUCAGUGA